AUGUCGCGGAGCCACCCGCGCCCAGAAGCCGAGGUGAUGAUCUGCCUUGACAAUUCGGAUUUUACGAGGAAUGGCGACUACAUGCCCACGCGCUUCGACUCACAAACUGAUGCAGCCAACCUUUUGUGUGGUGCAAAGACCAAUCAGAAUCCAGAGAAUGCCGUUGGCAUCCUGGCUAGUGCCGGAGACCGGAUCGAGGUCAUGGUGACCCCAACAGCAGAUUUGGGAAGACUGGUGACUGAGCUGAACAGAGUUCAGAUAGGCGGCAGUUCCGAUCUGCUCCGAGCCAUUCAGACAGCGCAGCUAGCCCUGAAGCACAGGCAAAACAAGAAGCAGAAACAGAGGAUCAUCGCAUUCGUUGGCAGCCCGGUAACUGCCACGGAGAAGGAACUUGAAACAUUGGGCAAGAACCUGAAAAAGAACAGUGUGGCCCUUGAUCUCGUCAGCUUCGGCGAGGUGGAGGAAAAUGCGCCGAAGCUAGAAAAGUUGAUGAAGGCUUUGAACAGCGAAGACACGUCGCAUCUGCUAGAGGCGCCGGUAGGCCCCAAGCUGCUGAGCGACAUCCUCCUCUCUUCGCCCAUCGUCAACCCCGACGGAGAGGCAGCAGCCAUGGGCGGCGAGGGCGGCGAUGCCGGUUUCGAGUUCGGCAUAAAUCCCAACGAUGAUCCGGAGCUGUUCCUAGCACUCCGCCUCUCCAGGGAGGAGGAAAGAGCCAGGCAGCAGGCGGCGGGGGGCGAGGCUCCAGCGGACGGCGCGGCCCCGGCUGCUGGGGACGCUCCGGCUGCGGCACCAGCCACAACGCCCGCACCAGCCGCCGGGGAGGCAGCUCCAGCGGCUUCGCUGCCUGUGGCGACAGAUGCUGCAGUCAUGGAAGCCAUGGGCAUGGAAGACAUGGAUGAUGAGUUACGGCAGGCCCUGCUCCUCUCCAUGCAAGAGAUGGAUCCAGGGGCGGCAGCCCCUGCUGCGACGGCUCCGGCGACAGCCCCGGCGGCUGCCCCGACAACCACCCCGGCGGCUUCCGCUCCAGUGGGUAUGGAAGGCAUGGAGGACAUGGACGACGAGCUGCGGCAGGCUCUCCUACUCUCCAUGCAGGAGUCGGAGGGAGGUGCGGCAGCUCAAGGUGAGACGCAGGCAUCGGCUCCGAAGCGAAAGGCGGAGGAGCUGGCAGAGGACACCGAGAUGAAGACAGGCGAAGCGCCGGCCUCCAGCGAGGGGAAGCCGGCAGAUGGCGGCGAGGCCGUCCUGGAUGGUAGAUGGUUGCAGGAUCCCAACUUCGUUCAGGAGUUGCUCGGGUCGCUGCCCGGUGUCGACAUUGAUGAUCCGCGAAUUCAGGAUGCUUUGAAAGAGGUCAGCGGUGCUGCAAAGAAGGCCAAGGGGCUGCAUGAGCAAGGGAUGGAGGGCACCAUGCCAGCUAUGGAGUGGUGCACGGUUGCGGCCAGAUGCGCCAUGGGAGCCAGCCAAAGCUUGUGUCGAGCAAAGGCUACUGGUUGCGACUGGGAAGGAGCUCCUGCUCCAGUUGAGGUCAUCGAGGCUGCAGCAGCUCCACCUGGACAAGAUGCCGUCGAGUCAGAGGAGAUUAUUUCCCGUUUUCAAGCGGCCAUUCCAGGGGCUACGUCUGAAUGCGGCAGUGAGAUUACUGCUAGGCAAGACAGCAAGACUCAUCGACGUGUUCUGUUGAACCGAGCAUUGGUUCCGGAUGUCGACAUCAUGCGCGGCAUCUCUCUUCAGAGCACGCUGGUUUGGGGCGGUCGGCUCUGGCGUUUGGCACCGUCGCUACUGCCAGAGAAAGAGUUAGCAAACAGGUGGCACCACUCCAGGCGGGUCGAGAACUUCGACGUCUUUCUUUCUCACACUUGGCGCACCAGAGGACUCUCGAAGUUCGUUUCUCUGUCACUUCAGUGUGGCUGGCUUCGUAUUUUUCUCGCUUGGGUCUUCGCGAUCCUCAUAUUGGAGAUUCUGGCAUUCUGGGACGUUCUUUCCCCCCACAUCCUGGUUCAGGUCACCUUUGAGGGCAAGGACUACGUGUGCCAUUUCGGAGCAUGGGGGCUCUGCUUGAGCAACCUCGCGUCUGUGAUGGUUUUCAUCAUGGCUCCUGGCGGCGCCAGCAAGUUCUGCUUCCUUGAUGUUGCAAGCAUCAAUCAAGCGGACAGCAACAUGAAGGAGCGCGGAAUCUUCGGGCUCGGCGGCUUCCUCAAAGUCUCUCAGGAGCUUCGAAUCCUCUGGUCACGUCCAUACCUGUCCCGACUUUGGUGCAUAUUCGAGAUCGCCGCAUAUCGGUUUGCCAAUCCUCAAGGCCGCAUUACAUUCGCACCAUUGUUCCUCGAAAAUACAGUUGUCAAGCUCUGGCUGGGAAACUACGUGACCAUGGUGACCUUCAUGUUGUUGUUGAUUGUGGUGGAUGCCGCUGCCGUGCUGAUGUUACUUCCUGCUUUUCUUCCACUUUGCAUGGUGUUCCAUUUCCUGCGGAAGAAUCUGCUUGCAAAGAAGGAACUUUUUGCAGAGUUGCGAAACUUUGACCUGAACAAGGUGGCAUGCAAAAGAGAAUUCGACCGGAAGUUCAUCUACUCAGCCAUAGAGGAGUGGUACGGCAGCCAGGAAGCCUUCACCGCCUUUGUUCGCGGCCCAUUGAAAGAAGAGCUGUUAGCCAAGCAGGCCGACACCCAGUUGCCGCUCAAGUACACGCUCAUCAUCAUGACGCCAGUACUGAGCGUGGGGAUUGAUGGCUUGUUGGGCUUUGUCAAAGGUGGCAUGCCUUUAGACUUUCUUAUCUGCUAUUGCUUUGGCAUCCUUCUUGGCCUGCUUUUGCUCUGGUCCGCCGUGGCGAUUCGUAUAGCCGUGGUUCUUUGCGACCGAUUGGCCGCUCCUUACAGGCCGGGCUGUUUCGAUUAUCUGCAAAGCGUGCUGGUGUUCUUGUCUUCCGUGGCGAUUACCUUUGCCGGGAUUAUCAUCGCAGCACGCACGUAUGUCAGAGGCGAAGCUUACACGUUCGCGUGGCUCGCCGGUGCAUCGCUAGCCUGCUGGGCGACGCACGGAGGUUGCAAGUGUCUGGCUACCCACAUGGUAUGCAGCAUCGCCCACUCCAAAAACCAGCAGGCCUUUAGCGACUCUGUUGUGGCAGUACAGGUGUAG